GAUACAUAAAAUUUGAGAGUUUAAUUCCUAAUCAAAAUUUUACUAUAGAAUACCAAAUUUUACAAACUCUGUUAUUUUUCACGUAAUUAUACGAGCUAACAUAUAGUAGUACGGAAAUCAACCACCAAAUUCAAACCCAACAACAAAUUGCUUCAAAAAAAAAAAGAAAUUCGCAAAAUAUUUCUAUUUUCAGAGAGAGAGAGAGAAGAGAGAGAGAGAGAGAGAGAGAGAUGGAGAGAGUGUUUUCAUUGGAUGAGAUGGACCAGUUCUGGUCACGCCUCGGCGGCGACGACGACGAGGCGGCUUCGCGGCUGUCUUCCUCCGCCGCGAGCACUGCGCAAUCUAAGCUGGCGGCGGGGAUGAACCGCAGCGCGUCGGAGUGGGCGUUUCAACGCUUCAUCCAGGAGGCCUCCGCCCCCGAUCGGACCACCCUACAGUCGGCGUCGUCCUCGACUCAUCAAACCGUCGACGUCGCGGAGAUCAAAGGCGGCAGCCGCCACCAUUUAAUUGGCGUAGGGGUCAAUGCAAAUCAGCAGCAGCCGGCGGCGGCGGCGGGGGGACCACCCCCAAAUUUGUCGCCAGAUUCUGAGGAGUAUCAAGCCUUCCUCAAAAGCCGCCUUGAGCUGGCGUGCGCCGCCGUUGCUUUGACUCGGGGAAGCAAUGUGAAGAGUCAAGUGUCUGCAGCUGCGGCGCCUGACAACGGCUCUCAGGCUUCUAAUUCGGUGCAGCUUGGGUCUCAUGUUGCUCAUAAAGAUUCAAUAAAGCUACAAGAUAAAGAUGCUGGUGGUCCAGUUGGUGUACCUCCACUCCCUGCUAUAGCUAAGAAAUAUGGGGUUCAAGUGAAGUCAACAACAAGUGGAUCAUCGGGAGAACAGUCUGAUGAUGAUGAAGCUGAGGGGGAAAAUGAAUCAACUCAAAACAUGGAUCCUACAGAUGCAAAGCGCAUGAGAAGAAUGCUUUCAAAUAGAGAAUCAGCUCGACGCUCUAGAAGAAGAAAGCAGGCCCAUUUGUCUGAGCUUGAGACGCAGGUUUCUCAAUUAAGAGUUGAAAACUCUUCUUUACUUAAGCGCCUUACCGAUAUAAGCCAUAAGUACAAUGAAGCAGCUGUUGACAAUAGAGUUCUGAAGGCUGAUGUUGAGACACUGAGAGCAAAGGUGAAAAUGGCUGAAGAAACAGUUAAAAGAGUCACUGGGUUGAACCCACUGUUCCAAGCCAUGUCUGAGAUCUCCACAAUGGGCAUGCCCUCUUUCUCCGGCAGUCCCGACCCAUCAGCUGAUGCAGCUGUACCCGUGCAAGAUGAUCCGGAGCAGCACUAUUACCACGCCCCUCCCAGCAGCCAAGCUUCGGUGCAAGACCACAGAGUUCAAAAUGGUGUGGCAGAGAAUGUACAACAGCCAGAUGCUGCAGCAGUCGGGCCGAACAAGAUGGGAAGGACUGUCUCUAUGCAGAGAGUGGCUAGCUUGGAACAUCUCCAGAAGCGCAUCCGCGCCUCCUCGGAUACUCAAGGUGCCGGCGGAGAGCAAUAAAGCCUUGUUGUGAAUCUUUGAGAGCUACUCAAUAUUAAUCCAUUUGUCUCCAUUUUUCCCUCAUUUCAUUUGUAAGUUCCCAUCCAACUAAUCUAUACUUCUUCAUACUCAACAUUCUUGUGUCCUUUUACUGGAUGAGUUUAUUGUUUGGAUUUAUUUUUAUUCUUUUUAUUUAGAGAAUUUUGUGUUUAA